UCUCUUGUUUUAGCAGUUACUGAAAGAGAGAGGUAGAUUCCUGAGUGCCGCGCCUUCUGUUGUUCAUCGGUGAAGGGAAUUAACUGCAAUCGAUAAGAUGUGUCAGCUGCGGCUGCUGCUGCUGUCCGUCGCAGCCCUGAUAUUGCUGGCGUCAGCAUACGCGUCAGAAGCUGUGGCAGAUAGUCAAAUCUCUGUAAAUGGACGUCGAGAUCCUCAAAGGAAACCUAAAUUCGUCUUUCCAUCAUCCACAGUAGAAUCUGACUCGUCCAUUCCGCCCCUAGAAUCAAGAACCCGAACGUCGGAACAUAGUCAAAUCGUUGUAAGAGGACGUCGAAAUUCUCAAAAGAAACCUAAAUUUGUCUUUCCAUCAUCCACAGAAGAAUCAGACUCGUCCAUUCCGCCCCUAGAAUCAAGAACCCGAACGUCGGAACAUAGUCCAAUCUCUGUAAGAGGACGUCGAGAUUCUCAAAUGAAAUCUAAAUUUGUCUUUCCAUCAUCCGCAGAAGAACCUGACUCGUCCAUUCCGCGGCUAGAAUCAAGAACCCGAACAUCGGAAGAAAAAGUCUGGCCAAAGUCAACCAGUCCGGAAAAUCUCGACGCGGUUGCCCAAGUUCAAAGUCCACAAAGAUCCGUUUUACAGAACUCUUAUCCUGAUACAGAAGGACGCAGCCUACGACGCGACAGCAACAUUUUGAUGCAAACUCUACGGGCACUGGGGAGCAUAUUACCAACACCACAGUCAGCGACUACUAAAAAAGAUGAAGAAGAAUCGUCGUCUGCUACAAAAGCUGAAAAUUCUAAACCUGUAGUUGAUAAGGCGGAUGCUCCGACACGCCCGGCGUCCGAUGGCUUUUCACUUGCAAAUUUGAUGCCCGAUGGACUGAGAGCCCUGGAAGGUCUGGACGACAUCCUGAGGUCGACUGUGCCGCGGUUCGACCGCUUCAACUGCCUCGAGCGCGUCAUGUGUGAGAUAGCGGCGCCCCUGGGGGACGAGGAUGGGCCUGGCUUGGGAGACACGAUUCUGAACGGCGUGCAAACUUUGCAACAGUUAGGGGAAACUACGCUGCUUUCGAACUUCCUGCCGAACUCUGGCGAAGAACCAUCGGACGUCCUAAAUCAAUUCAACAGUCCCCACCGACAACAGUUCUUGCAACACCAGGCACACCAACAGAACCUCAUCCAGCAACAGGUGCAGCAACAGACUCGUCCGCAGUUCCCAACACAGCAGUUGGUCCCCCAACAGCAGUUGGCUGGGCCCCAACAGAGGCCCGCAGUUCCCCCUCUGCCGUACUACAUCCCCACCCCCGUCGAGCGGCAACACGAGCGCGGACCUGUCGAGUACCUCGUAUCUAAGGAUCAGUACAACGAGGGGCGGCAGGAGUACCAAGAUAACUACAUCAGGAGGGAGGCGCCCUACGACUACCAGAGUUCCCAGUCCUCUUAUUUACCUCAACAUCAACAACCACCACCACCAUCACAACCACAGUAUCAACAGGCAGCACCCUCUCAUCAGUACCACACAUACUACCAACAGCACCCCCAUCAAUACCAUCACCGUCAGCCACAACAGAGGGAGAUUGGUCAAAGCCACCAGCAGCACCAGAGGGCUGACCACGUCUAUCAACAACCUCAUGAGUACCACAACAGACCACCACACCAUGCACCUCAAACCACAGCAGUGCCAAGAUGGCGCCGAUUUGUGAACAACGUGUUUGGUUCACAAAGAAGACGACGAACCAAUCGACCACAGAGGCCAGUGAGGAGGAAUAGAAGGGAUACAGCUGAAGAGAACAACGGAAGGGAGGAGCAGAAAGUAGAAACCUCCAAAGCGCAAAGAUCUUCCCGAGGAGGUUCAAGGCAAGCGAAAAUAUCUCCCAUGUGGGAAACGGGGACUCGUAAAGCUAAAAGUAAAGCGGAAGGCCCGUCGGACGUGAAGACUUUGACAAGGGAGGACUUGGAAGUGAUCAAAUCCCGUAUUCAGGCCAUCAACAGGGAGGUUCUCAAAGAGGCGGCCAGAAACGGGACGUCUAGUUUUUCAGGAAGAAAAAUUUCUGGAAGAAGGGCACGGUUUUUAGACUCUUUCAUAAAUGGAUGGAGCGCGAAAACUUUUCUUGGUUUACUGGAUAACCUCAUGGACGGGUACUCAUUCCACCCGUACACCCACGCGGCGUACAUGGGGUACACCAGCAGGGCGGGCACUUGCCAGGCCAUGUACCCCCGCUGCCCAGACUCUGCCAACGAUUGGCUGGAUUUCAUGAACAAUUUCAAUAGAUAUUUUCCUGACGGAGUACCCUUCAGAGACAGCCUGCCUUGGCCCCUGAAUCUUCUUCUGCCAUGAUCGCCAUACUGUAUUUUGAUCAUCGUUCUGUACCCUGAUACCCAUAUAUACCUCACCUCCUACUUGCACCCUGAUCACCCUAUUGUACCCUGAUCAUCCUCUUGUAUCCUGAUCACCAUAUUGUACCAUUUUAACCUCAUCAAACCAUCAUCGAAGUAUUUUACACAUCAUCGUGCCAUCAUCAGUUCAUUGAGUUAUAUUUAUCACCCCUCCAACAUUCCGUAAAAUGAAAACUCGCCAAGUUUUUUUUUCGGGUUGGUAUCAAAUUUCCGUUCACAUCUCAAGUGUACAGUGGACCGGACAACUCGUGUUUAAUUCAUCAGAAAUUUAUACAUUCAAUUUUCAUGUGCAUUUCACUAAGCAAUAAAUAAUAAUGCAUGCAUAAUUCUAGCAACGAAUUGCGCCACUACAUACCCAUGAAUUUUGUACCUAUGUUUAGGUUACCCGUACAUUUCAUGUUAGUUCAUGUGAAAUUUGUGAAAAAAAUAUUCAAUAAAUCAUUUUUCAAAAAGAAAAAUAUACUGCCAAAUGUCAAUCAAACUUGCCAGCUACACGUAGAAAAAUUAAUGAGUCGUAUCGUCCAAAUCGUGACACACUUUCAGUCCCACAGCACGAGCAAAGAGCGGUUGUAACACUGAUACGCCCUUUUGCCGGGGCAAACUGAGUCUGGAUGACCCACAGGUAGGCAAAAAGUGCAUUGCGCUCUGGACAAAGCCUCAUUGAUUUCUCUGUGUAUACGAGAAACAUAUAAACGGAGAACAGACUCAUGAGCAAAUAUAAGAGAAUUGUAGUUGUAUAAAGGCUUUCGUCUGUAUUUUCUGUAUAUUUGUUGUAAAAAAUAGUAAGGCUUGUUAAAUUCAGGGGGAUUAUGUUAGAUUAUUCAUUGUUCAUGUUUAAAACAUAUUACAUCAAAAGCAUCAUAUUAUAAGUAGCCAUUGGUCAUUAAUCAAUUUUGUAUGUACAAUGUACAUUAUAUUUAAAAGCACUUUAUUCGUGACCGGCUAGUGAAUCAUCUAUUGCAUUAUAUUUGUUCACCAAAAGACUAUAUUUAUAAAUGCAAAUUAAGAAAUAAUCGAAAAUUAUAUCGGUUGAUUAAAGAUUAUUUCCCGUGCGCUGAAAACCUGAUCGGUGAGGGAUAACUGAAGAAAUGAAGUGCAAUGGGUUGAAGAAAAUGUUGAAUAAACUUUUUCCCCACGAGUA